AUGCGCGACAUGCCGUCCCGAUUCAUCGAGAUUCUUGACCCCAGCGACGGCCACCCUCGCAUCUCCGACUCUGACGUGCGGCUGGAGGACGUCCUCGCGGACCAUGAAGCAUUUGUCACCCGACCGCGAUCCUCGACGCAGUCGUCGUCGAAAGCCACAACAUCCUCGUUCCCAACCGACGGGCCUCCAGCUGAAGACACCCGCAACUAUACAAUCUUUUAUCACGACGUUUGA